AUGGAGCGGGGAGCGCGGAGGGAAGAGGCGCGGGGGCUGCGCGCUCGCGCCGCUGCCGCCCCGCGCGACCCCCAACCCGCCUCCGCGGGCGCGCGCGCCGCAGACGCUCGGGCACGCGCGGCGCCCGCACCCCCCGCGGGAUCGGGAUCGAGAGCGGAGGCGCCGCUUGCCGCCCCCCCCUCAGUCUUCCCGCAGCGCCCGCCCGAGCCGCAGCCUCGGGAGCAGCGACAGCAGCCGCCCCGCGCCCCGCCGCGGCGGCGAGCGCCGCAUCGUACUGCGGCGGCUGGGCCGAGGGAGCGCGGGGAGGAGGGGGGAAAAGAGCUGGGGGAGAAGAGGACGGAGGAGCCCCGGGGGGAAGGCGGAGGACACCCCCACCCUCCGGCCUCUCCUUCCCCCCUCUCCUCACGGCGACCGGCCGGAGGGGCCGCACGGGUCGGGGCUCUCCCUCACGGGGCGCGGCACCGCCUCGCACGGACCGGCGGCUGCCCCGCGCGCAGCCCCGGCUGGGAGGCAAAGGGGACCGGGGGGAAGGUGGAGCGGCGGGGCGCUGCGGAGGCGCCUUCCCUGCCGGCGAGCAAGCGAGCGCCCGUGGGGGAGGAGGGGGAGGACCUGCAGCCUCCUCCCCUCAUCGCCGCCCUCUCUCCCGCCCGCCCGCCUCACGCGGGCAGCAUAGCAACCAACAUGGCGGCUGCGCAGUCACCCAGCAGCGGGCGGGAGGCGAUGAGAGAGCUCGCGAGACCCGAAGGGGGGCGGGCGUUGUGCUCUCCUUUCCAUUGGUCCGUCGUGUAUCCGUAA